AUGUUGAAAGAGACAGGGUUAGCCUUCUUACCCCAACUGGUAGCAUGCUUCAUGGCGUUCCUUCUUUUGGCAUUCAUCGAAAAGAAAGGACGAGCCUCGCUGAAAAAUGAGCCGGAAUUUGUUCUUGCUGGGGCCAAGUUGGCGGGUACUGCCAUGUGGACUUCACUUAUAACGAUAAGCUUUGGAUAG